AUGGGCGCAGAUCCGGUCCUCGAUAAGUCGGGCUUCCUGUGCAUGUACAUGUCGAACCACCCCGACACUCUGGUGUCGUACGUGCGGUACUGGGGCAAGGUCUCAGCGCAGGUGUCCAGUGCAAAGAUGACGAGCAUAGACACGAAGGGCAUGGACCUCACAUACGAGGUCAAAGGCAGCUCGGAACCCAAGAAAGUUCGGGUUGUGUUCGACCCGCCUCUCGCGGGCUACGAGGAGGUCAAGCCACGGUUGAUGGGCAUGAAGAGCGAGGCGGAGGAGCAGCUCGGCAUGGUGCGCGCGCCGCAAGUGACCAAGUUCGGGUUCGACACGCCCUCGCUUCUCGCCACGCUCGGGAUGAUGUCGCUCCUCGUCUACUGCACCGCCGCGGACGCUCUCGCGCCCUCCUACUCGGAAUACACGCCGUACUUCGCGUUCGGGAAAAGCGUACUCUCGUACCUGCCCUCGUGGACUCUGGUGGCCAGCUGGGGGGUCCUGGUCGUCGCCCACAGUCUUGAGGCGCUGUAUGUGCUCAACUUGUGCCGCAGGCACCGAGCCGGCGUGGUUUUAGGGGCGAAGUUCACGCUCGGCACGUUGUUCUUCGGCUUCCCAUUCACUGUGGGCAUGAGGCGGGAGAUCCAGAGCGCGCGUAUCGAUAGCAUCCUGAAGGGCCAGUGA